AUGUCUUCACCGCCAGCUGACCAGACCCCCGUGAUGAAGGAGGUUCUCGAGGCUUUGAAAACCAUACAAAUCAACCAGGCUCAUCUGAGCUCCAGCGUCGACGCCAUCUCAGGCCGUGUCAAUGUCCUCUCAGGCAUGAAGGAGGUCAAUGAUGUUGCCAAAGCCGAUUCAUCAAGCACCAAGGAGUCUAAACCCGUUCCAAGCCACGAUGAAUCACAUUCUCACGAUGACACCAAAAUCCCCGAAUCUCCCUCCCUCCCAGCUACUCACGUCAAUGGCGACUCCCACUCCCGGAAAUCAAGUACUGGUGGUACUUCCAGAAUCAUCCUCACCACAUACCCGGGUCAAUCUGGCAUCGACCCCUUACCAAUGGACUGGGGUAACAAAGAUCCCCAGCAAAGAGGUCCUGUAGUUGUCUCCAGAAAUUCAUCCACGAUCCGUAGACGGAAUGCGCACGGCGGCUCGUAUUCAAUCUAUUAUGCUCUGGCAGUUGCCAGCAAUGAGAUCAAAGUAGACCACAAACCUGAUUUCACCAAUACCGAGCCAGCGGCCAACAUUGGCCCGCACCCCCAAUGGGCUGAUAAGAAGAAGAUUGUUUCCAUGGAUCCCCUGGGCCAUCUUUCACCAUGGCUUUUCAAAGACCUUAUGGAGAAGGAGAAUAUUGAUAUUAGACCAACAAUUGCGAUCACAAGAGCCCAUAUGAAGCUUCCAGAGUUAGAACAAAGCGUUAGGGAGGGCCGACUAGUACCAGAUGGUAAGGUUUGCUUGAACGAGUCAGGUGAGCUGGCUGUGACAAAAUUCGCUGUUGAGCCAGUCUGGUAUCUCCCGGGGGUCGCAGAGAGAUUUGGCAUUGAUGAGGGAACUCUCAGAAGAUCCUUGUUCGAACACACGGGAGGAUCCUACCCCGAGUUAAUCACCCGACCUGAUAUCAAGAUCUUCUUGCCACCGAUAGGUGGACUUACUGUCUAUUGCUUCGGUGACCCAGCAAAGAUGUCAGACGAGAAAGUUCGUCUGGCGCUGAGAAUCCACGAUGAGUGUAACGGCAGUGACGUGUUCGGCUCUGAUAUCUGCACGUGUCGUCCAUACCUCAUUUUCGGGAUAGAGGAGGCCGUGAAAGAAGCGCAGAAAGGCGGAAGCGGAGUUGUCAUCUAUUUCCGAAAGGAAGGCCGAGCGCUGGGUGAAGUAACAAAGUAUCUUGUGUAUAAUGCUCGAAAACGUGGUCUGGAUCGCGCUUCGGAGUAUUUCAAACGAACCGAGAACAUUGCAGGCGUGAAGGACAUGCGUUUCCAGGCGUUGAUGCCCGAUAUCCUUCACUGGCUUGGAAUAACCAAGAUUGACAGAAUGCUUAGCAUGAGCAAUAUGAAACACGAUGCAAUUGUUGGGCAGGGAAUCCCGAUCCAUGAACGAGUUGAGCUUCCUGAGGAAUUGAUUCCUGCAGAUUCGAGAGUUGAGAUAGAUGCGAAGAUUACAUCUGGUUAUUUCACCACCGGCCACCGAAUGACAGAAGAAGAGCUGGCCGCCGUCCAAGGGAGAAGCUGGGAGGACAUCGAUCAUUGA